AUGCGCCAACGGCUGGAGGGCCUGGAGCGUCGAGUAGAAGUGGUCGAGAAAACAUCGUCGUCCAAGGUAGCUGAUCUGGAGCAGGUGGUCUCACAGCUCAAAUCCGAGCUCAAUGACAGAGAUCAGGAGGCUCUGCUGGCGGACCUGGACGUGGGUAACCUGCCCGAGAGUACGGGCGAAAACACCACACACACGGUCACAGUCCUGGCAGCUAAAUUAGGUGUUCAGCUGAGCAGCACCGAUAUAGUGUUCGCCGAGCGGGUUGGCGCAGUGGAGCGGUCCCCCACGGGCGACGCCACGGCGGCGGAGGAGAGGCGCGCGCGGCGCAUCGUGGUGCGGCUGGCGCGGCGAGACCUGCGCGACGAGCUGCUGCGCGCCGCCCGUGUGCGCCGCACGCUCAACAGCGCCGACCUGGGUGCGCCCGGAGCGCCGCGCCGCGUCUACGUCAACGAGCGGCUGACGCGCGCUAACCGCGUGCUGUUCCACCAGGCCCGCGAGGAGUGCCGGCGGCUGCAGUGGCGGUACUCGUGGACCAAACGAGGCAGAAUCUACGUUCGCCAGGGCGACGGGAAACCGGUGUUCUCUAUACGAUGUGAUGCAGAUCUGGCGCGGGUUUUUAAUUGCGCAAAUGUUAGUCAAACUGCAUAA